CACCGAUGCUGCCUUGGUCUACCGGAAGGAAGAGAAGAAGACGGGGAGAUGAAGAUAAAAUUAUUAAAAUGCGAUGAAUUCUUUCUGUUUCGCUUCCAUGUCGGUGUUCAUCGGUGCCAUGUGCGCGUUAACGAGGUUCACAGAAAUCCUUCUGCUCAGCAUUUUGGUUUUCAGCGUGAUCACAGUGAGCGGCCAGGAGCGGAUCAAGGCCCAGGUCGGAGACUCGGUCCUGCUGCCUUGUGUUUACGACAAAGGGCUGGUCCCAGACACCGCCGACGUCUUCUGGAGAGACAACAACAACAGCGUGGUGCUGGAAAUCAUCAAAAAGAAGCCCGACCUGACGGGCCAGAAUAAUAAAUAUAAAAACCGCGUGACCAGCUUUGAGUCCGAGUACGGCCGAGGGAACUUCUCCAUCCAGAUGACGAACCUACAGCUGGACGACAGCAGCUCCUACGAGUGUCACAUCAUCAAGGUGGACUUCAUCCAGAAGCUGGUCCUCACCGUGUCAGAGCGGCGUGUGGGGGCAGCAGACAGUACAUCUCCAGGAGCAGCAGGUGGCGCUGUGGCAACAUCAACAUGCUUCCUCAGGACUCUACUUCCUGUCUGUCUCUGUCUGAUUCUCAGCGCUCUUCCCUGAAACAGAAGUGUGUGUUUAUACUAGUGUUUUAUUUAUUUCCAGCACUGCUGCUCUGAAUGUUUAAAUAGUUACACUAAUAAGCUAACUGCACUCCCUCUAUCAGGAUAAAACCAAAAACAUCACUGAAUAUUGUCUUGCUAAGUGGAAAGACUCCAUGUCUAUUUAGAAAUGUUUAUGUUUUCAUUAUUUAUAUAUUUUUUUAAAGAAAUAACCCGUUUUUGUAAGAGGAUAAUAAACUUUGAUUUGAUUCCAUAAAAACAUCUAACCAUAUUAAACCUGGCUGAUAUCAAAACAAUAAAAGAAGACGAGCUAGACCACCAAUAUCAGGCAAUUUCUCACUUUUCACCGAUUCCUCCAGCCUCUCCAAAUAUUGACAAUACAUUUGUGCAGAUCAGUCAACACACAGGAGUUUGCCUGAAACUCUAAAUAUAAUCAAUAACUCUCCCAUUAAGUCUAUAUAUUAGCCUCUUAUCAGUAUAAGCUGCAGAGUCUGCUAUAAGCUUUAGCUCAACAUAACAGCUGACUUUUAAGAGCCGGGAAAUAUGAAGAAGCCGCCAUGUCCCUAUCCUGCUGAAGUACAUCUGCUCUAAGCUCUGAUGAAUUAUGGGAAAUGGAGUGAAGUUGUUGAAGGAUAAAAUAAAAAGAAAUGUUAAUAUUC